ACCCACACCAGGUUGACGGAACAGACAUUACUCUUUCGAAUACGUCUGUGCAUGAUGACCGUUCCAUCGUAUACAUCCACCGAUACGGAUGCUGCCAACGCGCAUACCGCACCAACUCCCGACGAGCUAACGCAAGCGCUGAAGGUGGAGGUCUAUGAUCACGAGGGCAAGACAAAGACAUUGGGGGAGCUUGCUCAGGGGAAACGGACCGUUCUGGUGUUUACUCGGCACUUCUGGUGCUUAAACUGCCAAGCUUACGUUCGGUGCAUUUCCAAGUCUAUACCUCCUUCGAACCUUCCUCCAAAUACUCAAAUACUCAUCAUAGGCAAUGGCUCCUACCAACCCAUCGACACCUACGCCACCAACUCCUCAUCUGCAUAUCCCAUCUAUACAGAUCCCACGCUCCGCCUGCACUCACUGUUCAAGUUCAAGUCUGCCCUCAAAGAAGGAAAGGCUGGCGACGAGCAGAGAGACUACAUGCGGAACGAGGGUAGUGCCAUGAGCAGGGUGUGGGGUGGUAUCAAGGGUGCGUUGGGAACUCUGCAACAUGUGACUUAUGUGGGACCAAAGGCCUUGAAUGGUGGAGAGAUGAUUCUUUCUGCUGAUGGUCAAUGCGAGUACAUGUACCGCAUGCAGAACACGGUGGAUCACACCAAUGUUUCGGAACUUGCGAGGUUGAUUGGUGUUGAGUGUGAUGUGGAAGGAGGUGAAGAUAAGACGCAACAAGCUUGCGGUGAUUCGUGCGCCGUGGAGGCAAAGUAG